GCGCAUGCGUAGACGCACAGGAACUUUUGCCAUUUACAAAAAUCACAGUGGAAAUCACGCAGAGGAAGAAGGAGUGUGAAUAAUGCCUGAAUCACAGGUUCACCCACUGGGGGGGGGGAAGAGACUGAACGAGAUCUUCUCACACACGUGGAAGAGGAACUAGAGCUGCCGAUUUCCCCUGUGAGCAAAAACACAAGAGACUCAUUCUACUCUGCUGUGGUCCAGCGGUUCUUCAUGGAUCUGACAGCUUCGUGGCACAAAGUAGUGUUUUAGCUACUGGAACUGUGAGAAGAUCGCCGAGGUGGAAAAGAUGCAGGACGACCACGUGUAUGACUAUCCAGAUGCCCCUCCAGUAGGAGAGAAGAAGAUAUGUCCUCAGCGAGGCUCCUUGAAGAGCAUCAGUGUGCUGGAUCGCCUGCUGCUCACAUACCCCGUAUGGCUGCAGAUGUCUAUAAACUCAGCCACGUCACUUCACAUCCUACAGCGUGAACCCCCAGGGACUUUUCUGGUGCGAAAGUCCAGCACAUCCCAGAAGAAAAUGCUGUGUCUAAGGCUAGCAGAUGACAGCGUACCAUCGUUUGUCAAACAGUUUAUCAUCCGGGAAAAGGAUUCAACUUUCUCUUUGGAAAGCUCAGCUAUAAGUUUCCCAGACCUUUGUAGACUUAUUGCCUUCUACUGUGUGAGCCGGGAUGUGCUUCCAUUUACUCUGGAGUUACCAGAGGCCAUAGCCAAGGCUUCAUCCCAGAAACAGUUGGAAUCCAUUUCUCAUAUGGGUGUGGAGUUCUGGAGUUCUCAGUUAAACUUUCGUGGGCCUCGCAACGGUCCUCCACCAGUACAGGAUGCGCCUGUAGUCCAAAAUUCGAAACCACAACAGUCUAUCACAUCUACUAGCACCCAAGAAACACUGUUCCAGGAGUUUUGCCCGAUUCAAACCCGAAGUCCCUCUGAACUGGAUCAGGGAGCAGGGCAGGGAGCUUUAUGUUUUAUCAACCCACUAUUCCUACAAGAGCAUCCCAUUCGUGGUGCCAUGCACAAGCGUCAUCAUUUUAAACGCAGCAUAAAGGUUCGCGUCUCCACCGAAAACACAAGUUCGCUUUCACCCCCUGUCACCCCGGCACCACCUCCGCCACUAUUCGCGAAAGCCAACUGUAAAGGAAAGAAGGUGCAGGAAAGUGAAGUGGUUCGGACCAAUGAGGAGGAUAAGAGAAGUGUUGAAGCUGUUGAGGAAGAUUCCGAUUAUCUACAGCCUCCUCUUCUUCCAAAGAAAAAGUCUGCCCCAGUCACGAUAACCCUCUCUCCAACGGCCGAGGAGGAGGACUACCAUUCACCGAAAGCUCUUCUGCAGGCCCAUAGAAAAAUCCCUGUGGAGAGUGAAGAGGAAAAUGAGGAGGAGGACAUCGGACUAGUCCUUGAGAAAAGAAAAGCACCAUCCCUCACCGAGUUGGACAGCAGCAGCUCCAUUAGCAGCCUUGACGAGGCCGAAGAGUGUCCUCGCAGGCCUUCCCUCACACAUGGCACUAGUAACCCUAUCAUCCCCUCUCCUUAUCCUCCUCACCAGUCUGUUUCGGCUCUGCGAAAGAUGAGUGCAGCGUUUGUAUCGUUCUUUGUACCAGGGAAGAGAGUCAUACGGCUGGUCGAAGACCUUUCGCAAGACAGGCGUAUGGCAUUUGGUGCUCUGAUACAAGACUUCUUGAAAGAGCAAAGGGAAGCACUGAAUCUCCGGUGCCUGACAACCACGGUGGAGAUGCUGCAGGGUUUGCGUCACUUUAUCAACCAGGCUAAGGUGUUUCUGUUGGAGUGUGGAGAGCUUGAGCCACCAAUCGAGACCCUCGUGCCCGAGGAUGAGAAAGACCAGACACUGGAAAAAGCCCUGUUCCGCUGUGUACUGAAACCUCUGAAAGGGCAGAUUGACGCCGCGCUCUAUAAUGUGCACGAACAUGACGGCUCUAUGAAGAGGCUGACUCAGAGUAUGGCGAGAGCCAGAGACGCUUCGCCGCGAGAGCUUUUUGGAGUGCAGGUUGCUGUGCCUGAUGCUCAUGGCAUUGAGAAGAUAAAGCACAAGAUGUCUCUGAUGAGACGUGCCUAUUCACCCAUCGACAAAGUCAUUUUUCUACUGCAGAUCUGCAAGCUCAUCUAUAAAGCCAUGAAGACCAAUACAGGGCAAGAAUUUGGAGCUGAUGACUUCCUGCCAGCUCUUUCCUAUGUGAUCGUGCAGUGCAACAUGCCCGAGUUUUCUCUAGAAGUGGAGUAUAUGAUGGAGCUGCUAGAAACCUCUUGGCUGACUGGAGAGGGUGGAUACUAUCUGACCAGUGUUUACGCCAGCCUUAGCUAUAUACAGAGUGAGCCAGAUGCUAUGCCUUCCAGUAAACUUACCCACCAAGUCAAGGAAUCCCUGAAGGAGUGGAGCCUCCGUCGUAGCACAGAGUCCAAGAGCCAGAAUGACAUAAAACAGAGGUUUGUAAAGGUGCUGUUCCAAGAUGGAGAGUGCAGUCUGGUAAAGACUUUGCAAUGGAAGGAAGGGUUCAGCGGAGAAGCUUUGGCACAACUCUGCGCCAACAAAUUUGGAGUGGACAAGCCAGACGAGUUUUGCCUGUACUGGAGAAGUAGUGGAAAGUUAAUACAAGUUCCUCUAGAUGCUCAGAUUCAAGACCUGCAGAACCUGGGUACCAGCAGUGCUCCACUCAUUUACCAGCACUCCAAUCAGGAUAUGAAAUCUAGCAAGUUGACCAGAGAGGGAGCGUUGGACCUUUCAGGGGAAGCCUCGUAAUGGGACCUAACGCAGAGAAGGCUUUAAUGUUGUACGUUCAAGGAAAGUGGAGAACAACUUACAAACUACAAUUGAAAAUAUAUUGAAAUGUAAAAUAUGUUACUUUUUCUGAGGUUUUAUUAAUUUAUCUUUAGAUAAGUGUAUAGUGGAAAUAAAAAUCGUUUACAUAGUUGUAGCUGUAUUUUAAUUUAUGUUUCGUGCCAAAUUGUUUAUUUUUCUGUAUUCAUAUGGGACCUAAGAAAACCUUGUACAUUUUGCUAAAUAAAUUCAUUUUUCUGUAAUAACACUAAGAUUGAUGUACACUAUAUGGACAAAAGGUAUUGGGACACCUGACAUUUCUCACCAUAUGUGGUUCUUCUGGAGGUACACAAUUGUAUAGGAUGUCUUUGGAUGUGAUAUAAUAAAAUUGUGUUCACUUGAACUUGAAAACCCAAACCUGUCCCAGCAUGGCAAUGCCCCUGUGCACAAAGCGAGCUCCAUGAAGUUAUGGUUUGCAUAGGUUGGAGAGGAGGAUCUUGAGUGGCCUGCUAUAUGAUCUCAAUCCUAUUGAACACCUUUGGGAUGAAUUGGAAAACUGACUGCACCCCAGGUCUCCUCACCUUACCUCCAUCAGUACCUGACUUUACCAACACCGUUGUGGCUGAUGAACGCAAACGGUCCACAAGCACACCUAUAAAAUGUGGUGGAACAUCUUCCCAGAAAAGUGGAGGGAAUUAUAAGAGCAAGUUGGGACUAAAUGUGGAAUGUGAUGCUUUAAAAAAAAAAAAACUUAAUACCAGGUGUCUGCAAACAUUUGGCAGUAUAGUGUAUGAUGGCAGUGAUGCUUCUAUUUCUAUUAUACUUUCUAUACACUAUUGUACAACAUUUCUUACAUCUUUUCAUUUUGUUCCUCUGUGCUGCACAUUUUAAGUUAUUAAAUUAUCCAUUAAACGCACCUACCCCAUUCAUCAGUUAAAUAAAAAUAAUUGUUGAAUUGAACCUCGGUAAAAUACGCAGGACCAGAACCAGGAUUGUGAAAACCUCAGCUUGUUUAUAAACAACCUUUACGAGUCAACCUGGACUUAAAUGUAUGCAAAUGUUUGCCAUUUGUAGACAGGGUUUCCACAGGGACUUCAAAAGUCUAAAAUAAUAUUUUUCAAAAUCAAAAUCUAGGCCUUGUGUGUUUUUUUAUGUGAUGUAGGUCCUAAAUUUAAUUCUUAAUGGUCUUAAAGUCUUAGAUUUGACUUUGUGAAACCUGCAGAAACCCUGGUAGUGAACAAAAAAAUUGUGAUACUGUGCAAAUAAUGGUCUUUAAGAUAUCAAUAAAAAAAAAAAAAAAAAGAUUCUCCUGUUUUGAGUAUUAUAGCGGUUUCCAUUUUUGUGCUGCAACAAUGACAACAUAGUACUUAUUUGUGGAACAACGUAAUGUUUGUUCUUGGAACGAAAAAAAGAGAACAGAAAGAGCGAACCAAAACAGACUCUGAAAAAUCACAUUUUAAUUAGGUAGGAAAUGCUUCCCCUAGUCAGCAGCCACAGUCUUCAUUUAUAGGAAAUGCCAUAAAGACAGCCCAGUCCACUAAAAAACUGACUUCUGAGGAAACAUUCCACUAAA